UUUAAGUAUUAUUGCAAAUAUAAAUAACUUUUGGUUUUACCUUUAUAAAUAGUUAUAAAUGUAUAUCUGUAAAAUAGAGUAUGAAAGUGUGAAAGAACGAUAAUAUCAGCUACAAACGUAAAUAUUUAGUAAAGAUGCGAAUUUUUUGGAAACAUCUGUUGCUCUGCACUCUAAUUAUACUGCUCGGAGAAAAUGCAGCAGAAAAGUCUCUUUCGUACGAAGAUGCACUCGCGCAAAAUGCGGAUUUUCAAGACAAUGAUCUAUACAUCGACUAUAGAUUACCAAAGUCCAUCGAACCCGUUUCGUAUGAGAUUGCUCUCAUACCAAAUUUAACAGCUAAUAACUUUACAUUUGUCGGCUUCGUAACAAUUAAAGCUGUGGUAAAACAAGCAACUCAAGAAUUCGCGUUACACGUGGGAAACAUUCAAAUCCUAAGAGAGUCUCUUCUAAUAAACGAUGAAAAAGUCAAUAUGUCACAUAAAUAUAACAAAACCACUGAAAAGUACCAUCUCAAUGUCUUCCCUUAUAUUCUUAAAGAAAAAACAGAGCUACUAAUCUCCUUUACAUAUAACGGGGUUCUAAACGACAAUAUGAUUGGAUUUUAUAGAAGUUCUUAUUACGAUAAAAACGGACAACUUAAAUGGUUAGCUGCGACACAGUUUCAAACUACACACGCGAGACAUGCCUUUCCAUGUUUUGACGAGCCAAGUUUUAAAGCAAACUUUACAAUCCGAAUAUUAAGAUCCGAAAACUAUAAGUGCCUCAGUAAUAUGCCGGGAACAACUGAAGAACUUGAUGGCAACAUUUGGGAUGUCUUCAAUGAAAGCAUCCCUAUGUCAACGUAUUUAGUGGCGUUUGUCGUUUCGGAAUUUGAGUCUCGCGGACAAGACAUAUUGACAGUAUGGUCUAGACCAUCUUUUAUCGAGCAGACUAAUUACGCUUUGAAUAUCAGCACAGCAGCCCUCAAAUUGUUCAGUGAAAAAUUUUUGCAAGACUAUCAGCUCCCUAAAAUGGACAUGGUGGCUGUACCCGACUUCGCAGCCGGAGCCAUGGAAAAUUGGGGACUGGUGACGUAUCGCGAAGCCCGGCUGCUGUACGACGAAAAAGAAUCGUCGGCGCCGGCACAGCAGAGCGUGGCUUCCGUCAUCGUUCAUGAACUCACGCACAUGUGGUUCGGAAAUUUGGUGACACCAGAAUGGUGGGGCUACCUUUGGCUUAGUGAAGCAUUUGCCAGAUAUUUUCAGUACUUCGGAACCGCGGACAUCGAACAAUCGUGGAACAUGAAGGAGCAAUUCGUGGUCGAACAGCAUCAAUCUGCUUUAAUAGUGGAUGGUCUUGAAUCUUCUCUACCAAUGACUCGGAAUGUUUCUACUCAAUCAGAAAUCGGGAAAAUGGGAGAUUCCAUUACCUAUUCAAAGGGAGCCAGCAUUGUUCGCAUGAUGGAUCUCACAUUCGGAACCAAUCUCUUCAAUUCGGCAUUACGUGAAUACUUAGAAAAUAACAAAGAAAAGGGAGUGGGUCGACCGGAAGCUUUGUGGACAGCAAUACAAAAUCAGACAGAAUCAAGUCAGCUAAAUUUAUCCGUUCCUAUAGAAACGAUAAUGAACACUUGGACUACGCAAGCCGGAUACCCCGUUGUAUCUGUCACCACUAAAAGCAAAGGUGUCUUACGUAUUAGCCAAGAACGCUUCUUUUUGAGAAAUCUAGACAAAACUCCUACAAAUGUUAAAUGGUGGGUUCCUCUUACAUGGACUACGCAAAGCGAACCAAAUUUCAAUAACACGAUCGCACAAGAUUGGCUGUCUACCGAAUACGAUACCAGAUAUCUCACAAUUGGUCCGCAAGAAUGGGUGAUACUCAAUUUGCAAUCAUCAGGCUUUUACCGCGUGAAUUAUGAUUCUAAUGGAUGGCAGUGCAUUUUCAAUGCAUUACACAACAAAAAUAUCAGUGAAAUUCAUGUAUUAAACAGAGCCGGCAUUGUAGAUGAUCUAUUAAAUCUUGGUAGAGCAGGGUAUCAAGAUUACAAAACGGUUCUAAAUGGAAUAACAUAUCUUAAAAGGGAAAACAAUUACUUGCCUUUCAAAGCAGCAUUUAAUGGAUUAGACUACUUAAAUAAACGAUUCGCAGGACACGAUAAUCAUAUUUUACUCAAGGAAUAUAUUCUAUCCCUUAUCAGUAAUAUACGCGAAAAAUUGGGAUACGAGGAUCGCGAUAAUGAUGACAGAUUAACGGUCCUACUACGACGAGAAGUAAACAACUGGGCCUGUAAUUUGGACGACGAAGAAUGUAAAACGGUUUACUUAAACAAAUUCGCAAAGUGGAGAGCAAAUACUUCUAUGCGCAUUAAGCCAAAUGAAAGAACCACAGCGUAUUGCGUAGCCAUAAGAUAUGGAACUUCUGAAGACUGGGAAUUUUUGUGGCAAGAAUAUUUUAAUUCCAAUCAUACGGCUGACCAAAUAGUGAUUAUAAACGCUCUUGGAUACAGUCAGAAUAAGACCAUUUUAGAAAGGUAUCUACAAUUUGCGAUCACCAAUUAUGAAGUCAGCCGAAUUCGUAAACAGGACAGCAAGAGCGUCUUCGCCGCUGUUUAUAACUCUGGUUUGAUUGGCGCCGAGUACAUUCUUGAUUUUGUUCAAAAGCAUUACAACGAAAUGGAAAAAUAUUAUGGAGAACAGGGUACAAUAGCCACAAUCCUUGAUGGGGCGUCACAACGUUUCUCGACAUACAGAUUAGUGGAAAGAUUCGAACAAUUCAUCGACAAACAUGAAACGGAAUUAGCGCCGAUUCUCACGUCUCUAGAAUCUUCUUUAAAAAUCGCUCAGUAUGAGUUAAAAUGGUACGAAAACGCUUCGGUAUCACAAGCCUUGAAGGAAUACAACUAUCGCCUACCGUCGAAUAUAAGUCCCAGAAAAUACUUCAUUUCCGUUACACCGUAUCUCGAAAUUGGGAAUUUUACCUUCGACGGGAGAGUGAAAAUUGAGGCCGACGUUCUACAAUUGACAAAACAAAUCAUUUUGCACUCGGCGGAAAUUGAGCAUCACACAAUAAAUGUAACGGUUAAUCAAAUCGAAUUAGGCAUCAAAAAUUACACGACCAUAAGGAAAUAUGAUUUCUUAAUAAUUAAUCUCGAGGAAGAAGUGCUUAAUGGAACGCAAUUGACUAUCGAAAUUACGUACACAGGUCACUUGAAUACGUCAGAGCUUCGUGGCUUCUACAAAAGCUCAUAUAUAAAUACGAAUGGAGAAACAAGAUGGCUUGCAGCUACGCAUUUAGAACCCAUUGGUGCCAGAAAAAUGUUCCCUUGCUUUGAUGAACCAGCGUUAAAAGCAUUGUUCACUGUUGAAGCUAUUGUACCGCUAAAUUACCGAGCUGUUAGCAAUAUGAGAUGGAAAACGAUCGAGGAUACCGACAACAGUAAAAUAUACACGUUUCACGAGUCAGUGAAGAUGUCGACAUAUUUAGUGGCAGUUAUUAUUUCCGAUUUUAAAAGUUUAAUUUUAAAUCCAAGAACAACGGAUGAAAUCGGCGUACUCGCGCGUCCUGAUGCCAUUAGAUAUACAGAAUACGCCCUAUCCUUAAUAUCUCCGAUUGUGACCUUCUUCGAGGACACGUUUCAACUGAAAUAUCAGCUUCCGAAACUUUACAUGGUCGCGCUACCGGAUUUCCCAUCGGGCGCAGGAGAAAAUUGGGGUCUUUUAACAUACAGAGAAUCGUAUUUGUUAUACGACGAGAUUCACUCGUCGAUCACGAGUAAACAGAAUACCAGAAACGUGAUCGCCCACGAAAUCUCUCAUCAAUGGUUCGGAAAUUUGGUCACUCCUCUGUGGUGGAAAUAUUUAUGGUUGAACGAGGGAUUUGCUAGAUACUUCGAGUACCACGUUCCCGCUCGUGCAUUUAACGACACAACGUUGGAAUCGCAAUUCGUGGUGGAGCAAGUGCAUUCUGCUUUCGCCGCAGAUAGUUCUAACUCCUCACACGCUCUGAGUCACGACGUCUACACUCCUAAAGAAAUUCGAAGUUUAUUUGAUACGAUUACUUAUAACAAAGGCGGCAGCAUACUGAGAAUGAUAGAAAAAUCAUAUGGAACCGAAAUAUUCUAUAAUUCAUUAACCAGUUAUCUCAAGGAACGGAAAUACAAUUUUGUUACACCGGAACACCUAUAUGCAGCACUUGAAAAAGAAGUAAAUGAAGAUCAAAAUAUCACAACCUUUUUGAAUACAUGGACAACUCAACCAGGCUAUCCUGUUGUUCAUAUAAAAAAUGUAGAUGAUAAAACUAUAUCUUUGAGACAAGAACGUUUCUUCUUUAAGAAAUAUGAGCGCAAUUCUGUUAAUGCUACAUGGCACAUUCCGAUUACAUGGGCAACAUAUAACGAGCCUCAGGAAUACUUCGACACCGACCCAAAAUUAUGGUUGACAGAGGAAGAAACGGUUAUCAAUUUAACGUUAUUUUCGCUAUUCAACGUGCAGCAAUCUGGUUAUUAUCGCGUGAAUUAUGAAGAGGCUUAUUGGAUAAAACUGAUAAAUCUGCUUAGAAACUAUACCUUUAAACUUAGGCAAAUUCAUGAGAUCAACCGCGCAGCAAUAAUUGAUGAUGUCAUGAAUCUUGCAAGAGCAGACUAUAUCGAUUAUAAAAUUGCUAUAUCAGCCACAAUGUAUUUGGCUCGAGAAAAUGACUACCUUCCUUGGCGCGCAUUUUACAAUAAUCUGCCUUACUUGAACAACCGUUUCCGAGGACGGGACAUUGAAGGCUUAUAUAAGAAAUAUCUAACAUCGCUUAUAGAACCACUUUACGACAAACUUCUCUUCACGAAUAAGGACGGCGAUCAUCUAACGAAUAUGUUACGAAUACAUACUUCGAAGUGGGCCUGCAAAUUAGAUAUAUCUGAUUGCAAUUACGUGGCUAGAUUACUUUUCCAAGAAAAACGCCAAGGGAAAAUAAUACCACCAAAUUAUCGCGAAAUCGUUUAUUGCACGGCUAUGAAAUCGGAUAUAACAAACAAUACAUACGACUUUCUUUGGAACGAGUAUUUAAACAGCAAUGUUACUGCAGAUAAACUUGUGAUUCUUAGCUCAUUAGCGUGUUCACCGAAAAAGGAUAUUUUAAAAACGUUAUUAAAGAAUGCAGUCACAGAGAAUUACAUACGAUAUCAAGACAGUGGAAGAGUAUUCUCGAAUGUAUACGAUGAAAGCUUAAUUGGCGUUGAAGUUGUCAUGGAAGUUAUUAAAGAGUAUUACGAUGAUCUAUUGCGUCUACACUUUGGUGAUCAUACGAAAAUCGAAAGUAUAGUAAGCGCUCUGGCAAGCAGAUUAUCUACGUACGAUCUCUACAAUCAGUAUCAAAAGUUACUCGAUUGGCUAGCCGAGAAAACGCCGAUAUCCAAAAAUUCCAUCGAUUCUUAUUUAUCAACGGCACAAUACGAGUUUGAUUGGUAUGAGGAAAAAGUGCCAAUAAUUUUUGAACAAUUGGAUAAAGUAUUCUUUGACAACACAUAUCGCUUACCAAAGACGUUUCAGCCAGAACUCUAUAAUGUGACUCUUAUACCUCAUAUGGAAAACGGCACUUUUAAUGGAACAGUGCAAAUAUACAUGAAAGUCAAGCAAAACACUACAUCCAUUACUCUCAAUUCUCACAAUCUUCAAAUUUCUGAAAUGAAUAUAAAAGUUUCUAAAAAUUACACGAAUGGCAGCGAUACUUAUAUCGAACCAAUACAAUUAUCAAGUAUAGAUCAUAUAGAAAAUUCGCAACAACUAAAAAUAUAUUUGAUCGAAUACGUAUAUAUUGAAGAAAACAUAAUAGUGGAUAUUGAAUUUAAUGGAUUUCUUAAUGACAACAUGCAAGGAUUUUAUCGUAGUUCCUAUACGGAUAGCAAAGGAAUACAACAUUGGCUAGCUACAACGCAAUUCGAACCUACGUAUGCUAGACAAGCUUUCCCUUGUUUUGACGAACCAGCAUUUAAAUCGAGAUUCACAAUCAACAUUCAAAGACCAAAAGACUAUAAGACACUAAGCAAUAUGCCAUGCAAUAUCACUACAAACUUCGUAAACGAAAAUGCAUUGGACAGUUGCGAAGUAACAGAAGUCAUGUCAACAUAUCUAGUGGCAUUCGUCGUCUCUAAAUUUGAACCUGUAGAUGAUUCUGAUGAAAUCAAUGUAUGGGGCAGACCCGAAGUCGCGCAGCAUGGCAAAUUUGCUCAAGAUAUCGCCAGAAAGCUUAUCGAUGAAUUGCAGGAAUUUACGAAUAUCAAUUAUUCUUUACCUAAGCUAGACUUGGUGGGAAUACCAGAUUUUUCCAUGGGCGCAAUGGAGAACUGGGGUCUUGCUACUUUCCGCGAGUACGGGCUCUUUUAUGACACAAACGAAACUACGGCCACAUAUAAAAAAUACAUAAUUACCGUAAUAGCACACGAACUUGCUCAUAUGUGGUUUGGAAAUCUUGUUACUUGCGAGUGGUGGGAGUAUAUUUGGCUCAACGAAGGCUUCGCGCAAUAUCUCGAAUGGUAUAUGGCUAAUGUGAUAUCACCAAACGAUAAGUUUAUGGAUCAAUUUGUGGUUUACGAGCUGCAGUCUGCUCUGUUAAACGAUGCCUCUACUUCAGUACAUCCAAUGACAAAUCCUGUCAAAACGCCUGAAGAAAUAAGUACUAUUUUCGACUAUGUCACUUAUGGAAAAUCUGCUAGUGUCUUACGGAUGAUGUUUACUGCAUUCGGCGAAGAAGCUUCUAAAUCGGCGCUUCGCGAUUAUUUAAAUAAAACCUCAUACAGUACGGCGCGUCCUACAGAUUUAUGGAAAAGUUUCGAGCCAUAUGUAUCGAUAUCAAUUAGUAGGAGAAACAUAACAAUAGAGGAAGUGAUGGAUAGUUGGACAAAUCAACCGGGAUAUCCCCUCGUUCAUGCUACAUUAAAAAAUAGCUUAUUAAGUCUUCGUCAGGAACGAUUUGUACUCAACAAAGACGCCAAUAUCCCCGAAUUUUAUUGGAUACCAAUUAGAGUCGUCACAUCUCAAAGCAUUUCUGAUCAGAUAACUUUUCAACGCACGAUAUGGUUAGGAUCACAAACUGAGAUAAUGUAUAUCAAUCCCAUCAACGAAUUAUUCAUCGUAAAUUAUGAACAAACUGGAUUCUACCGUGUCAAUUACGACACUCAAUCAUGGCUGAAAUUAAUCAAUGAAUUAAAUAGCGAACGAUUUAACAUUAUCCCUGUUUUAAAUCGUGCUCAAAUCAUAGACGAUCUCUUUAACUUGGCUCGCGCUCGUUACACAAACUAUGAAGUAUUGAUGAAAGCAUCGAAAUAUCUGACACGAGAGACGCAUCAUUUACCCUGGAAAGCGUUUUUCAACGGCCUAUCCUAUGUUUAUGAAAGAUUUGGAGAAAACGAUCAAAAAUUGGUGAAAAAACAUAUUUUGAAUUUAUUAUUCAACAUGUAUAAAGAAGUAGGAUUCAAUGAUCGCGGUAACGAUACACUUCUAGAUGAAUUAAAUAGAGAGAUGAUUUUACAAUGGGCCUGCAAGCUUGAUAAACCGGAAUGUAUAAUGCAAUCUAAACUUUUAUUCGCAACUUGGCGUGAAGAUAAUUCAAAACGAAUUCCUCGUAAUGCACGACCAGCUGUCUAUUGCACUGCAAUAAGAAAAGGAACUACGGAUGAUUGGAAAUUCUUGUGGAAUCAGUAUUUAUCAACGAAUUUUGGAUCAGAGCAGAAGAUUAUUAUAAAUGCACUCGGAUGCUCAGAAAAUAAAGCAACGCUUUAUAACUAUCUAGAAACUGCCAUCAAAGAAUACGAUCCUGUAACAGCUGAAAUUCGUAAACAGGAUGUUUUAGCAGUAUUUGCUUCUGUAUAUAGUGGAAGUCAAUUGGGGGUGGAAAUUACUCUAAAUUUUUUAAUUUCAAAUUAUUGGACAAUGUAUAAUUAUUUUGGCAAUUGGAAUGAUGUUGGAACUUUGUUCGAAAAUGUAGCGUCUCAUAUAUCGGACAGAACAGAAUAUUGGAAGUUAUGGGAAUUUAGAAUUUACGCUGAAGGAAACAUUAAAGGACUCAGAGAGAAAUUAAAAUCGGCUGUCACCAUUGCGGAAACCAACUUAUUGUGGCACCAACGAUAUAGCCAAAUAAUUGUGCAAUGGAUAAAAAAUGAUAUGUCGGAAGAUGAACCUGACAGUUCUACAAGUAUAGAAUCACUAAACAUUGUUUUUGUGACCCUUAUUGCUUUAAUAUCGUUCUUUUUAAGCCGCAACUGAUAAACUUGCACGGAAAGUAAUGAUAAACUUUACUUUCUAGUUUCAUAUUAUGUAAAAUUAAAAAAAAAUUAAUCUUAAUAAUCCGUGCUUUACUUAAAGAGUAAUAUGCUUUUUCUAAAAAACUAAGAACUAAAAUUUUAUUUUUGUGCAAUAUCUUGCCAUAUUCUUAAUAGAGAAAGUUGUAACUCUAACGAGUUUUAUAAUUAACCGAGUAAAUGUAAUAUAAAGAAAUCAUAAAAUAUUCGUUAAUAAUGUCACAUCUAUAAAAAUGUUCUUUAACCACAUAGUACAAUUCAAUUGAUACUUUCUUAUAUAAUAUAAUUAUCGUUAUUUCAGUUCUUGUAUAUAUGAAUGUGUAUAUGUUAUCACAAUUAUGCAAAUAUUUAAAUAAUAAAUAACUGUACUCAUCA